AUGUGGUUAAAGCCAACUCUUGUUGGCCUUUAUCUUCUUCAUCAGACUACUUCUGGUCAUGGGUGGUGCUGGUUUGCUGCUGCAGUGGUCUUGGUUAGCAGGAAUGGUGAUUUCACUCGAACAGGUUGUUUGUUGCUACUGCCGCCUCCAUAUAAGCUUCUCCUUUUGGUUUUUACUGAUGUUUCUUGGCUGUUGUUUCUAUGCUGCUUCUCAGCUGCUGAUCUCUAUCUGCUGCUAAUGGUUUUGCGGUUGUCAGCUAGUACUGCUGGAUGUGCUGUGGAUCCUUUUAGCUGGCUCUUGCUAGAUGCUCUCUUCCUUGGUUCUUCUGGUUUUGCUGACCUUUCAACUGGUUCUAAUUUGUUUCAGCUGGAUUUUCAGCUGAAUUUCAGACAACUCUUUUCUCUAGAUGGCUGUUGGGCCCUCUCUGCUCUAUGGAGCAUUUUCUCUAUUUUUUAG